AUGAACCCAAAACUCGUAAAGAGCCUUUCAUUCAGCAAAAAGACAGACAACAAGCCCAAUUCAAAGGGCCUUUUCGGUAAAUUAGGCAGCCCAUUCAGCACACCAUCACAGCCAUCUACUCCCGCUGGAUCGCCACCUCACAUCCAUAGCAAGUUUUCCGAUCAAACACACACAACGCCUGAGGAGAAGCAAUUGUACAUGGAGAUUGCACAAUGUCGAGUUGCAUUAGACCACUUUCUCAAUUCAAACAUCAAUGAAGCGGAGGCCAUUUUGAAACCCCAUUAUAAGGAUUCCAUGUACUUUUCAUUGGGAUAUUCAUUCAUCCUGUAUCUCAAGUCUGUCAUGACAUUCCAAGAAGACGACAUUGAAGCGACUUUGGGCGUCUUGAAGCAUACGAUUCAACUGGCGGAAAAUCUUCGCAAGAAGGAAACUGGCUGGCUUGGUAGUGUCACCAGUUGGGUCAAAGGCACAACAUUGGAGGAUGUCAAGAGUAUGACAGCCGUUGAACGCCAUGCCGAACUGGUCCACGCCGAAGCUUAUUUGCUCAAAGCAUUACUCAGCAUUAUCCACGAUGAAAGUGUCAUGUCAUUUCUGCGAGAGAGCUUAAACAUCCGCAGCAGCUACAGUGCUUAUACGACCUUGCAGAAAUAUGUCAACUAUGUCAACGAGACGGAAAAGACCUCAACGACACUAGACAGCGACUUUACUUCAGGGGUUGCACUGGGUGUUGGCUGUUUUAGCUUGAUUCUAUCCAUGCUGCCUGCUUCCGUAGCCAAGGUGGCGGAGCUCAUCGGCUUUACGUGUGACCGAGCCCAUGGUUUAAAGGUAUUGGAGUCAGUAGGUGGUUGGGACAAGCAUCACGAUGGUUCCAUCCCUGAGGAGACGGAUAUCCACACGGGACUUCGUAGCCAAAUGUGCAAUAUGAUCUUGAUUGUGUAUCAUAUCAUUCUAUCUACCAUGAUCCAGUUGUCUGACGUAGAUAGGCCAUUUGCAGAGGUCAUCUUGAACGAUUGUCUUGGUAAAUUUCCUCGUGGUGUCUUUUUCCUGUACUUUAAUGGUCGGCUCAUGGGAUCCAAGCGAAAGCUCAAGGAGGCCGAAGAGCAAUACCAGCUUGCCAUUGAUACACAAAAGGAUUGGAAGCAGCUGCAACACAUGUGCUUUUGGGAACUGGGUCUCAUUUAUCUGAUGGAGCAGGAAUGGCAAAAGGCAUAUGACAUUUACACAGUGCUUUUGCGAGACAGCAAAUGGUCUAAGGCUGUUUACACAUAUCUAAAGGCUAUUUCUCUGUACCAAUUAGCUGGUGUCACUGGAGAUGCAGCAAUCAAGGCAGAGUAUAUGAAGGAAGUGGAGGGCUAUAUGGAUCAGGUUACUGGAGAAAAGCAAAGGAUUGCUGGCAAAUCAAUCCCAAUGGAGAAAUUUGUUGCCCGAAAAGCUAGAAAGUAUCUCAGCCAAGACAAUUACCUGCUGUUGCCUGAUCUCGAGAUUUUGAAUGCAUUCACAGCCUACGACUUUAUACCUGAAAAUUUCCUUCUCGCUGGUUUGGGCAGAAUCAACACAGAAGUCACUCGUCUAGCAUCCCUACCUGUCGAAAAGCGCAACACAUACUAUUACGACGAUCUCUGUUUAGCGGAAUUCUUGCGAGCCAUCACAUCGCGCGAGUUGUAUGAGCAAGGAUCUGAUAAGAAAAACAUGCGUUCAGCACACGAAACGUCAUUGCAGUUUGUAUUCGAUCAUGCAGACAAGAUACAGCUGGAUCACUACAUUUACUACUUUAGUCGCUAUGAAAAGGCAUGUAUGCUUAUUCUGGAACAGGAAUACACCAAGGCAGAAUCCGAGAUUCAGGUUGUAUUGAAAGCCAACGACCGAGGACAGUACAGCAUUGGAUCAGGGCCUCAUGCCAAGAACAAAUACAGUCUUGCUAGUGCGUUGGUAUUCAAGUGCCACAACUGUAUGACCAAGAUCAAGGCAGAGUCAUCAUCAUCAUCUAAAUAA